AUGCGAUGCGAGCCGGCCACAGCAGGGAACCGCAUUCCGCCGGCCGCCUUACUGGCCGCUGGUCCGUUCUUUUAUCCUGCAGGCAGAAAGGAUACGAGAAAACAGUAUAGUAACUCGCUCUCCUGUGACCCCCUGGAGGGCUGCCGCCUCCCACCCCCUGCCCUGGACGACGGAGAAUCUUCGUGGCAGGGCAGAACACCAACUGACCAGUGUGGGGAAGACAGCAAGAUAAUACCACAAGGAAAGCACAAGGGAGGUCGUCGGCACUUCACCAACUUCGAAGCUUUGAGUUCGGGCAGUGAAGAAUCCUCCUCCGAAGAGGAGUCUGGCAGUGAGGAGGAAGCAAAGGAACAGAAAGCCAAGGGCGUUUCCAACCUCAUUGAAACACAAAACCCAAACAGAGUUGUGGCCAAACCAAAGAAGGUUUCAACACUCAGCGUGGCUGCCUCGAGUGGCGGUAAACCCCAGCUGUCCCGUCGAGAGAGGGAGGAGAUUGAGAAGCAGAGAGCUACAGCACAUUAUCGAAAAAUGCAUGCUGAAGGGAAAACCGAGGAGGCCAGGGCAGAUCUGGCACGACUUGCUCUAAUCAGGCAGCAGCGUGAAGAGGCUGCCAAGAAGAAGGAAGAGGAACGAAAAGCAAAAGAAGAGGCAGCAGCAGCUAAGAAGGAGCAGCUUGCAAAGGUUCUCAAUAAGAAGAAAAGCUGAUCAUAUUCUUGGGCUAGAUACUUGUCUUGUAUAGAUAGCUGCGGCCGUCACACGUCAUCAUGCCAAGUGACUCUGCACGCAUCCAACUGGAAUUUUUGAAUGUGCGUGUAUGAGAAUUUAGAAAUUUUAAUUUGUUUCAAAUUUUUUUUUUUUGCCUAUUCACUUCCAGUAACCAUACAGUGUGCUGAGUCAAUUGUCUGUGAUGUUAAAAAGAAUCUUAUAAAUUGGAAUUUGGUUAGGGAUUAUUGAUCAUGUGUCGGAGAAGCAUAUCUUUUGAAGACCUUCACAAUGGAGUGUGAAGUAUUUCCCCCAUAGUGCCAUGCCUACUCAGAGCAAUUUGAAGGUAGAAGCAUGUACUGCUGGAAAAGUACACUCUACAAGUACAGUUCAAGUGUCAAGAACAGAUGUUUUAUGUUUUGAUUUUAUUUCAUAUAUAAUUCCUUUUUUUGGUUUUAUAAAGGAGUCUGUUCCUAAUUUGCAAAUGGAUCAUACAGUAUUCGGACAUAUUUUUGUAUGAGUAUUUAUCGGAUAGUGUGUUUCAUCUUCAUUUAUGUGUCAUGGAAACAUUGCUUCAUAUUUUGCCUGUGGAUAGUUUUGGGUUAACUCAUACAACACCAAUUAUUUCUUUGAUAACUUUUUAUAUAAAGCAAUGUGAUAUUUAUGAAUGUUAAGCUCCAUUAGGCCUGAAAUAUGUAGUGAAUCCUGCUGCUACAAAUCACUCCAAUCAGGAGAUCAGGUUUAGCAAACAGAACCUACCUUGCAGCUACAAAACUUCCUUGCAUAUCAUCACAUGACAUUAGCAUUACUGUACAGCACAAUGUAAAUGAAGAAUGUUGUGGCUCGGUGAAAAAGCAAGUGGAAUUUGAGUACGUAUAUUGGGUUUAGUUAAAGAAGAAAGCAUAUUGUAUUAUAUAGUUUAUUCUCAAAUUGUGAGAUGUACCUGUAUACUGUUUCCUAUCAAAAGAGAAUUUUCUUUUAUUAAUAUAUAUAUUGUGUAGUUAGUGUUCAUUGUUUAGUAUGAAAUCAUUGUAGCCACUAUGAAAAUAUUUAUACAUUGAACAUUGUAUCAUUUGGAGUCAGUGAUAUGCUGAUAUAUGUAUUGCGUAUGUGAAGCCCUCGGUCAUGGAACAGGUUGCGGGUUGGCAGGAUAUCUUUGUUUACAUUGAUGAAAUUCUGUUGUUUUGAGUCUCAAAAAAGGAAAUGGGU